AUGGCACUUCAGGAACACACCCUCACAUUCGUCGCAAGCAAGUUUCUUGACACAGCCGUAGUGGAUGAGAGGAACCAAACCGUGUAUGCGCUAUCGACUGAGCGAAAACAUAUGCGCAAGGUCCUUACCUCUGUUUAUGAGGACGAGACUCGGAAGAAGGCGGGUUGGGCAGAGAUACGUUGGCGGGACAAGUCCUUUGUGAUCAAUGGACAGAGUGUUCCGUGGGACUGGAUGAAAGUAGAGAAGGAGGGUAACUCGGUGUUUCGUAAAAGACCUCGUGUGUGGCAGUGGGCUGGAAGGCAGUAUGUUGUGACAUAUAGGAAGAAGGUCGGAUGGGUCGUGACUGAAAUGCAGUCAGACUUCCGACUCGUGGGAACCUUGGUCCCUCGGGACUCGCACCUGUUUAGCAAAUCCGAGCCAGCUGUGUGUCGGGUAUGGGUUCAGGACCUCUAUUCAGACCAAGCUGCUUUCGUAUUCCUCUUAUUGUUAUACUCGGAGGCGCGAAGGAUUAAGAGUUCACGCAAGUGGCGCUUGACUAUUGGAGCGUUGAUCAAGGUGGCUAUAUGCAUCGUGAUAUUAUAA